AUGGCAUCGUCUGUAUGCGGGAAUCUUGGCGAGUUUGACGAAACAGUCGAAGAUUGGAGCAAAUAUGCGGAGCGAGCCGAGAUUUUCUUCGAGGCGAAUUCCAUAACUGAACGCAAAAGUCAGACUUUACUGAGUUCCGUGGGAGACCAUUACAACCCCCAACCGUCGAAGAUUGUGCACCUCUACCACUUCAACACGAGAGUACGGAAGCCCAACGAGACCAUCAGUGAGUUUGUUGCUGUAUUGAGAAAACUGACUGAAUUUUGUGAUUAUGGAGCAUUCCUUAACGACAUGCUGAGGGACAGAUUCGUUUGCGGUAUAAACAAACAGAAAAUGUUAUCCAGGUUACUGUCAGAAGAAAAUUUGACAUUCACCAAAGCCGUUGCCAUAGCAACAUCAAUGGAAGCGGCUGACAAAAAUUCUGCUGAUCUUCAGAAACAAACUGCAACAUCCAUUGACACUGGUAUUGUCAACUUUAUUACGAAGAAACCAGCCAGGGGAGGUAACUACAGUUCUUCAUGUUUUCGUUGUGGCGGAAGACAUGACCCUUCAACAUGCCGUUUUAAAGAUCAGGAGUGUUACUCGUGUGGACUUGUUGGACAUUUAUCACAGAAACGUCUCAACAGGAGGGGAAAUGGUCAGAGGAGAGCUUCACAUCGAGGUGGGAGACAGAGUCGAGGUCGCCGAGGUAGACAUCACAGACAGUACGGAAAUAGAGCGAACUACAUUCAAGAACAUGAUUCACAGGAUUCUGAGGGAUUUGUGGAUGUGAGUGAAGCAUAUGAAAUGUUCAUGGUUUCUGGUUCAGUGAACAAACUAGUUUAUGUACCAGUACAAGUCAACGGUCAAGAUUUGAAGAUGGAAUUUGACACUGGGGCUGCGGUAUCCACUGUGAGUGAAAAGACUUUGUCACAUCUUCAACAGGGUGUAAAGAACUUGACUGUGACACCUACGACUAAAUCAUACCUUGGAUACACUGGAAAUAAGCUUGAUCUUGCGGGACAGGUGAUGGUGGAGGUUGAUUUUCAAGGAGUGACUGCAAGUCUACCCCUAUUAGUCGCCCGAGGGAACCGUGCUAGUCUGUUUGGACGUAACUGGAUUGAUGUGUUUGAUGUUGAUUGGAAUAUAAUCAAACAUGUGACUGCUAAGGAUUCGCAAAGCAGUUUGAGAACUGUGUUGGAUAAGCAUCCUGAAGUGUUCAAGGAUGGUUUGGGUACGUUCAAAGGAACGAAAGCAAAGAUAUAUGUUGACAAGAAUGCCCAACCGAUCUUCCAUAAAGCAAGACCAGUCCCAUAUGCAUUGAAGCAGAAGAUUGAACAGGAGCUUGAUUGCCUACAGAGUAAUGGUACAAUAGAAGUUGUAGAGUUUUCUGAAUGGGCAGCACCCAUAGUACCUGUGGUGAAGUCCGAAUCGAGUAUUAGAGUCUGUGGUGACUAUAAAGUGACUGUGAACAAAGUGUCCAAGUUGGAUAAAUACCCAAUUCCAAAGACAGAUGACAUGUUCGCAACAUUAGGAGGAGCAAAGUUCUAUUCUAAGUUAGACCUAAGUCAAGCUUACCAGCAGGUCUUGUUGGUCGAACAUUCAAAGCAGUACGUCACAAUAAAUACACAUAAAGGACUCUUUCGGUAUAACUGUCUGCCAUUUGGUGUGUCGUCAGCUCCUGGUAUAUUUCAGCGCAUCAUGGAGAAUACCCUACAAGGUCUUGAACAAGUUCUGGUCAGGAUUGAUGAUAUUCUGAUUGGUGGCCGUUCGAGGGAUGAACACUUGACACUCUUAGAUGAAGUUCUGAGGAGACUAGCCCAGCAGGUCUGA